AUGUUUAUCGUGGGUUGGGAUCCAGUGAUUGAAGAAGUGCCUUCCGGAUGUGCUGAGCACACAACGAAGGUAAGCUUGGUGCAUCAUAUGAAUAUAUAUGCGUAUCCCAAUGAGGUUUCCCUGGAGCUGGGAAAGACCUAUUCAAAAGCGGAGGUGGAGAGCCUGCAUCUUCAAGAAUCGUCUUUUCGAAUGCUUGCCUCCCAUGACAAAAUGGCCGGAAAGUACACGCUGCCGAAGAGCUACGGCAUUCCUUUGUCGGAGAAGGCGAUGGUGGAGCACCACAUUUUGUUCCCAAAAUGCUGGGUCUUCGGACAUGAUGUGCCACAUGCCAGUGGCUUCGACUUGUAUGUCACUAUGCGAAGGAUGCGCCCGGCAGCGCUGGUAGGAGCUUUGAAUUUCAAUAUGGACGUGCGGCCGCUUCAUGGCCCUGUUGAAUGGGUCACGCGAAUCUCUGCAGACAACUUGCUCGGGGUGGUGCGAACCAAAGCUGGUGAGUGGCCAGAAAUUUUAGCGGUGCACCUGCACACUCAUGAUGUUGCAAAUACGAAAUACUUCGAAGUGAGGAAUGCAGAUGGUUCAGUGGCAUUUCGCUCCAAAUCCGAAAAGGCUGGCUACGGCCUCAAGGAGCAGUCUUUCUCCAACCUGAAGGACCGUUUAAAGCUGCGGGCAGGGCAGCAGCUCAUGCAGCAUUGCUUGUUUGACUCGGAUCACCUCAGUGAGCCCGUGCGCUAUGGUCUCAAUCCUGGUGAAGAGAUGUGUGCCCCACUAUUGAUUCUGGGAGGUGCCGGCCUCCGAUGCUCGCAUGUUUCUCUAAAGAGCCAGGAGGGCCGUGUGCUCAUCAUUGGUUCUGGCAUUUCUGGCUUGGUGGCAGCCAGCUCCUUGCAACACUUUGGUUGCAACGUCACGAUACUGGAAGCUUUGGACCGCGUGGGUGGUCGAACUCAUACCUUUGCAUCGGGCCCUUUCCAACACAUAGAGGAGGGUGCUCACUGGGUCCAUGGUGGCACCGACAACGUCCCAGUUUCUUUGCUGCUGCGCAUGUACAACAUUUCGCAGGCCCGGGUUGGUGGUGAUGAUGACUACGAGGGGCCCCGAGAACGGUUCCGAGUCUUCCAUGGGAAGAUGGCCUUCAGGGAGCUAACAGCAACUGAGCAAGACCUCUCCUUCGACCUAUUCGAAACAGCCGUGGUAGCAGCAGAAACCCAUGUUGAGGAUGGGUGCAACAUUAGCAAAUCCGUUGCUGAAGCUUGGGAAGAAGCUUUGAAGAAAGUGAAGUACUCCAAUAGCAGCAAGGCGCUGUUGGCGUGGCAUCAGAAGGUCUCAUAUGAGCAGGAUUCGGGUUCCAGCAUGCUGCAACUCAGUGCUCAGGCCGAGUUCGUGGAGGACUACACGGAUUUCUACCCAGAUCGCUCAGAUGGAAACGAGAAAAAUGGUGAUGGCUUUGUGAAAGGGGGCUACUCCGCUCUGGUGGACCGCUUGGCAGACGGUCUCGAUCUGCGGACAAGCUCACCUGUGGCCAGAGUGGAGUACUCCACCAAGGGCGUGGUUGCAACUGUAAAGAACGGCGAACGCUUUCAAGGCAGUGCCCUGAUCAUGACAGCCUCAAUCGGAGCUUUGCAAACCGAAAAUGUCAUCUUCGAACCACCAUUGCCAAAGUGGAAGAGAGAAGCAAUCCAUUCGUUGGGAAUGGGCAACGUCGCCAAAGUGUUGGUGAGAUUAGCUCAUGAUUCUCCAAAGCUGUCUGGCGCCUACUCAGUGGGAUUCUUGGGCAAUGGCACCCUGUCCUAUUGCAUCAAUAGCAUUGCAGAAGGCCGUGGACAUGUGCUGGAAUGCUUCCUGGGCGGAAGCGAGGCAAUCCAGGCUGAAGGCAUGGAUGCAGAUGAAUUGAAGAGAGCGGUGAGUAAUGAGCUGGCACCACUGGUUGGUGAAGCUAGCAUUUUAGAUGUUGGAAUCACCAGAUGGGCAAGCAAUCCAUACAUCCGUGGAGCUUGGAGCUACGCCCGCGUGAACUCCUCUGUCAAGGACUUCGACGCAGUUGCGGCAAGUGUCGGGGACCGACUCCUGUUUGCAGGAGAAGGUGCUUGCAGACUUCUCUACGGCAAUGUGCAUGCAUCAGUUGUGAGUGGUGCUCGGGCUGCUCGCGACAUCCUGGGCCAGCGUGCGUCUCCAGCUUGGCCGCUCUUCAGAGAGGACGUGGUGAAUUUGUGCACGGAAAGCCGAAAAGCAAUGCCAAGACACAAGCGGUGGUAUCGGCGAGUGGCAAGCCGCCUGCCGCACGGCUUUGCCCCACUGAUGCAGAAUGACCUUGAGCCACCUGAGCAGCCAAAACCCUUGUCAACUACUCGUUAUAUGUGGUUAUAA